ACCAAGUUUCCGCUUCACCGCCGCCUCAGUGCGACCGAAUCCGUCUCUAAAUUCCCCCCCGUCGAAGCCCUGUGGCUGGCUGAGGCGCCCGUUCAACGUCGCUGCCACCACCAGGCGCUCCCUGAGCUCCUUGGGCCCUAGAGCCUGGCCGUCAUUUGUUGUCGCCGUCCCGCGACACCACUAUGUCGGUCAUGUUGCAGACUCCCUCACGAGCUUCUACUGCAUCUUCAUCGUCUUUCCAGCCCUUGACCCGCCAAAACACCAUGUCUUCCUACGAUGGAUCGCGCUCGGCGCGCCAGUCGAAACGGUACUCCAUGUCCGCUUUGUACAUGUCCAUUUCGGCCAACGAAGGAGAUCUUCAAAUCGAAGAUGACCUCGCCAAAGCGCAAAAGAUUCUCCGUGAUCUCAAGUCCAAGAUCUCAUCCCAAUCCAAGAAGAAUUUCGUCCUAGAAAAGGACGUACGAUACCUCGAUUCACGUAUUGCCCUGCUGAUCCAAAACCGCAUGGCUCUGGAAGAGCAAAACGAAGUCGCCAGUCAUCUGGAGGAUGCCACCGAGAUGCAGCAGGGCCAGUUCCCCAACGAUGACAAGACCCAAAAGUACGGGAACUUGCUCUUCCUCCUGCAGUCUGAGCCUAGGCACAUUGCCCACCUGUGCAGACUUGUCUCCAUGUCCGAAAUCGACUCUCUGCUGCAGACUGUCAUGUUUACCAUUUACGGAAACCAGUACGAGAGUCGUGAAGAGCAUUUGCUCCUGACCAUGUUCCAGUCCGUCUUGACAUACCAGUUUGAUACGACGCCCGACUAUUCUUCUCUGCUCCGCGCCAAUACCCCCGUUUCGCGAAUGAUGACCACCUAUACUCGACGAGGCCCCGGUCAAAGUUUCCUCAAAUCCGUGCUUGCUGAUAGAAUCAACAACCUGAUCGAAUUGAGGGACUUGGAUCUUGAAAUCAACCCGCUCAAGGUGUAUGAGCGCAUGAUCGAGCAGAUCGAGGAGGACACCGGCCAGCUCCCUCCGUCCCUGCCAAAGGGUAUCACUGGCGAGCAGGCUGCCGAAAACCCUCAAGUCCAGGCCAUUAUCGAACCCCGCCUGACCAUGCUCACUGAAAUUGCCAACGGCUUCCUGACCACAAUUAUUGAGGGCCUUGAGGAGGCUCCCUAUGGUAUCCGUUGGAUCUGCAAGCAGAUUAGGAGUUUGACAAAGCGCAAGUAUCCUGAUGCUAACGACCAGGUUAUUUGCACCCUGAUCGGUGGCUUCUUCUUCCUACGCUUCAUCAACCCGGCUGUCGUUACCCCCAAGUCGUACAUGCUCAUCGACGGAACCCCUGCUGAGCGACCCAGACGAACUCUGACCUACAUCGCUAAGAUGCUUCAGAACCUUGCGAACAAGCCGUCCUACGCCAAGGAACCCUACAUGGCAAAGCUGCAGCCGUUCAUCCACCAGAACAAAGACCGAAUCAACAAGUUCAUGCUUGAUCUAUGUGAGGUUCAGGACUUCUACGAGAGCCUGGAGAUGGACAACUAUGUUGCACUCUCCAAGAAGGAUCUGGAGCUGGACAUCACCCUGAACGAGAUUUACGCCAUGCACUCGCUGAUCGACAAGCACCGCCAAGAGCUGUGGAAGGACGAAAGCUCACACCUGGGUAUCAUUAUGUCGGAACUGGGCACGUCGCCACCUCAGCUGCCCCGUAAGGAGAAUCGGGUCAUCAACUUGCCUCUGUUCAGUCGUUGGGAGACGGCCAUCGACGACUUGACCGCAGCUUUGGACAUUACCCAGGAGGAAGUGUACUUUAUGGAGGCCAAGUCCAUCUUCGUGCAGAUCAUGCGAUCCAUUCCCUCAAACAGCCAUGUGGCGAGACGCCCGCUGCGACUUGAGCGCAUUGCAGAUGCCGCUGCUACGAGCCGAAAUGAUGCCGUCAUGGUCCGCAAGGGUAUUCGGGCCAUGGAACUGCUCUCGCAGCUGCAAGAAUUGCGUGUUAUCGACAAGAGCGACCAGUUUGGCCUUCUUAGAGACGAGGUCGAGCAGGAGCUGCAACACCUGGGCUCUUUGAAGGAUGGUGUCAUUGUCGAGACCUCGAAGCUUGAAGAAGUGUACAAGACGAUCCGCGAUCACAACAGCUACCUGGUCGGGCAACUCGAGACAUACAAGAGCUAUCUCCACAACGUGCGAUCUCAGAGCGAGGGUACCAAGAGAAAGCAACAGAAACAGCAAGUUCUUGGACCCUACAAGUUCACCCACCAACAACUCGAGAAAGAAGGCGUUAUCCAGAAGAGCAAUGUCCCGGAUAACAGACGGGCCAACAUUUACUUCAACUUCACCAGCCCGUUGCCGGGCACUUUCGUUAUUUCUCUACAUUAUAAGGGCCGAAAUCGAGGUCUCCUUGAAUUGGAUCUGAAGCUGGAUGAUUUGCUUGAGAUGCAAAAGGACAACCAGGACGAUCUUGACCUGGAGUACGUUCAGUUCAACGUGCCAAAGGUGUUGGCGCUGCUCAACAAGCGCUUCGCUAGGAAGAAGGGCUGGUAGAUGAUCUACGACAAGAUGACUUUUAGCAAUUACC